ACACCAAGACUAUAAUAUCACAUAAUACACCAGGAUGAAGGGAUCAAAAUCACAUAAAUACACCAAGACCAAGGGAACAAUAUCAAAUAAUAUACCAAGGAAGAUUUGACUUCAUUUACUAACACCACUAACAGUCAACUGUUUUUAAACAACUUUCUUUCGAAAUAGCUAAAAUAUAACCGUUUUUUACAUCUAUCAGUUGACCUCACUACAGAGUAUUAUUAUGAAUUCAAUCUACGAUGAGGCACGUGUAUAACUUUAAGGUAAGAAUAUGUUUUAUUCUAUACAGUAACUUUGACUUUGAGUCUAUCUGUUUGGAAUUGUUUGGUUAUCUGAACUAAACCUGGUCCCAAAUUGUUUUGGAAAAUCUCCAGUUGUUUUUUUCAAAUGAUAUCAACUCUUGUUUUCUCAGAUCUUCAAAGUGACUUAAUUCCUAUAAUAUUUGAUAAUUGUUCAAAAUGAAUUUGUUAAAAUUUAUAUGUAAGGGAAAUUAAUUUUUAAAUAAUAAUUAUAUUUUUAAAUGCAGGAGUAUACAGAAUAUUUAUGGUCUCUUUAAUAGUGAUGCCCUUUUGGAGGACCCAAACUUAAGUCUGCAUAGCCUAGAGGGAAAUCCUCCCCUGAUAGGUCUAAAAAUUAUUAUUAAAUAAUACCUUAUGGCAGAGGCGUAAUUGGGGUUGGUGUCACCCGGUAGGGUAAACUCAAGGUGUCAAACGCCCCCCUCCCCUCUCUCUCCAUAUCCGACCUGCAUUAAGAACCUCUUUACCAGAUUAUAAAAAAAAAUCACUUAUAAGUAUUGUUUGUAAAUUAAGUGCUAAAGCAACAAAAGACUUGAGAAGUAGAUGAAAACAAGCCUUAUAAAUUAAAGGUAACAGCAUUUAAAAACAAAUGCAACAAAAUUAAUUUUAUUGAAACAUUAAAUACGACCUAAUUCUAUAAAAUAAAAAAAAGUCAGCCGAAGACUUCUUUAUUAAAAAAAUUAUUAUUUUGGUGUUAAAAAACAGAUUAUUAAGUAAAGACUGAAAGAUAUAAAGAUUUAUCUGUUCCCCUAUCUAUCAGAAUUUACCUCCAUGUUCCCCCGGAUGUCUCAAAAUUUAAGCAAUCACUCUNCCGGAUGUCUCAAAAUCUAAGCAAUCACUCUUAAAGUAGGUCACAUUCUAAAUGGUGUGUGGGGAGGGUAAAAAAAUUUAAAAAGUGUCAUGCUAGAUGGGAGAGGGUGGGUAAAAAUCAUUUGCCGUCACUCAUCUAAGUUACUUUACAAAAAAUGCAUUCAAAAAUCCCUAUUAGUUAUUUCAUUUAGUUCCUAUUAAACACAACCUUCAAGUUACAGCCAUACAUGAAGAUCUGGAAAAUUAUUAUUUGUGAUAAAACCUUAAAUUGAAAAUUGUGAAAGAUGUAUCAUUUGAUAAGAUGUCACUUUUAUGCAUUUAACUGCUGAACAGUGAAGUGUUUUAAAAAAAAGUAAAUUUUAAUUAGUUGUUAAUUUUAAAGAUAAUUUCAUGUGGUCGGGUCCCUCAGAUAUUGUGACCUGUUUGGCCUUGGACAACUGUGGCAGGCAUUUGGUGUCAGGAUCAAGGGACACAACUUGCAUGGUUAUAGAUAUAACACAGCAGGUAAUUUGAGGAAGUAUUUUGAAGCUUCAGCUUGACUCAUAUUUUUAAAAAAGGGAAUUGAAAACUUUUAUUUUUAAAAUACUGUUUGGAUGGAUGGAUGCUUGGAUGUGUGGCCGGAUGCUUCGAUGUGUGGCCGGAUGCUUGGAUGGGUGGGUGGAUGCUUGGAUGGGUGCUUGGAUGGGUGGGUGCUUAGAUUAGUGACUGGAUGCUUGGAUGGGUGCUUGGAUAGUGGCUUGGAUGGGUGGGUGGGUCCUUAGAUGAGUGACUGGAUGCUUGGAUGGGUGCUUGGAUAGUGGCGUGGAUGGGAGGGGGGUGGGUGUGUUACAAGGGUGAUAAUUUGUUGUUUAGUGUGUGUGUCUUUAAGUUCUUUCAUGGCUUCUAUAAAUGUACACAAGUUCAAAGAUGGGCCAAAUUUUGUCAUGUGAAAAUAUCACUGCUACAGGCUGGAGUAAGUGUGAACUUGAACCCCAAGCCACUGCAGACGUUGUAUGGACAUGACUCAGAAAUGACAGCCAUUCACAUAUCUACAGAGCGGGAUCUGUUUGUCUUAGCAUUAAAGGUACCACAACAAUGUUCUCCCUUGUGCUAUUAUUACAAUGCUCUAAUUCAGUGGCUUACAACUUUUUUGACUUGUUGGGCCCUUUUUAGAAUCAAUAUUUCUAUGGUGGAGCCUAGUAGACCUACUCUGUUUCAACUACAGUUUCAUUUAACUUUUAUUUAUUUAUUUUGUUGAGCAGCCUCUGAAAUUUGUACAAUUAGUACUUAGGGCUCUGCUGAGCAUAGUUACCACAAUAAACUCAACAUAGUUACUUUAAUAAACUCAACAACAUUACUUCAAUAAACUCAACAUAUUUACUUCAAUAAAUUCAAUAUAGUUACUUCAAUGAACUCAACAUAGUUACCGGUACUUCAAUAACAUUACUUCAAUAAACUCAAAAUAGGUUACUUCAAUAAACUCAACAUAGUUACUUCAAUAAACUCAGCACAGUUACUUUAAAUUUUCAAGACCUUUUCAUAUUUUCCCAGGAUGGAACGGUCAUUCUCCACACUGUACUGAAAGGUAUACCAUGAUCUUGAGAGCACCGUCGCAGCUUGGCUAGACACUGGACAUCCCUCUGAUAUCUAUCUUGGACACUGGUCAGAUUGUGCUGUACUGCUGGAGAUGGAGAAGAAGGCAGGGGAGGGAAGAAAGAGACAGCAGGUUGGUGCUUAAUGGUGUGCUUGUGAAUGACCACCGGAGGAAAACUUUUCCACAAACAAAAACAUUUGUUUCUACUUGUUUUGAUGCCAAGAAAUACUUUGCCUUCUAUAUAUAUUUACUUGUUUGGUUCCAGGAAAAUCUUUGCCUUCCAUACUUUAUCUGUUCCAAGAAUGAAUCAGUGUCCUUCAUGUGUUUACUUGUUUAAUUCCAGAAAAGACUUUGCCUCCCUUCGUAUUCAGUCAAUGGCAAACAUUUGUUCAGUGGACCACUCAAGUACAGCCUGGGAGACUUGUGUGUGUCUGGGGACCAUCUCAUCCUGGGCAACACGGCGGGUCAAGUCGUUGUUAUGGAGAUCUUUGGGUAAGGGGCUUAAGUGAUUAUAAUGGAGAUCUUUGGUUAAGUGGGUCAAGCCAUUAUAAUGGACAACUCUUGGUAAGUGGGUCGGGGCAGGUGAGCUCAUUAUUAAGGGAAGGAGACCUAUUUAGGUAAGUGGGUCAAUGCAGCUUAACUCAUUGGCUCUGCUUUUACCUUUUGGCUGCGGUAGGUAACUUGUUUUAAAAGAACCACAUUAAGCUGUUCAAAGGAGAAAUAAAAAAAAAAAAGGAUUUCUUUAUUUCUUUUAUGUGCUAAUCAAGAGGCUUAAUCAAGUGAUCAAUUUACUAAUUAAUGAAAAUGAGCAAUUUGAAAGGUCAUGUUAAGUGAUCAGUUUGAAAGGUCCAGUUAAGUGAUCAUUUUGAAAAUUCCAGUUAAUUGAUCAGUUUGAAAUGACCAGUUAAGUGAUCAAUUUGAAGGGACCAGUUAAUUGAUCAAUUUGAAAGGACCAGUUAAUUGAUCAAUUUGAAAGGACCAGUUAAGUGAUCAGUUUGAAAGAUCCAGUUAAGUGAUCAAUUGGAAGGUCUCGUUAAGUGAUCAAUGGGAAAGGACCAGUUACGUGAUCAAUUUGAAAGGUCCAGUUAAGUGAUCAAUUUGAAAGGUCCAGUUAAGUGAUCAAUUUGAAAGGUCCAGUUAAUUGAUCAAAUUGAAAGGUCCAGUUAAUUGAUCGAUUUGUAAGGUCCAGUUUAUUUGAUCAAUUUGAAAGGUCCAAUUAAGUGAUCAAUUUGAAAGAUCCAGUUAAGGGAUCAAUUUGAAAGGUCCAGCUUAGUGAUAAAUUUGAAAGAUCCAGUUAAGUGAUCAAUUUGAAAGGUCCAGUUAAUUGAUCAAUUUGAAAGGUCCAGUUAAUUGAUCGAUUUGUAAGGUCCAGUUUAUUUGAUCAAUUUGAAAGGUCCAGUUAAUUGAUCAAUUUGAAAGGUCUAGUAAAGUGAUCAAUUUGAAAGGACCAGUUAAGUGAUCAAUUUGAAAGGUCCAGUUAAUUGAUCAAUUUGAAAGGUCCGGUUAAUUGAUCGAUUUGUAAGGUCCAGUUUAUUUGGUCAAUUUGAAAGAUCCAGUUAUCAAUUUGAAAGAUCCAGUUAAUUGAUCAAUUUGAAAGGUCCAGUUAAUUGAUCGAUUUGUAAGGUCCAGUUUAUAUGGUCAAUUUGAAAGAUCCAGUUAAGUUAUCAAUUUGAAAGGUUCAGUUUAGUGAUCAAUUUGAAAAAUCCAUUUAAGUGAUCAAUUGGAAAGGCCCAGUUAAGUGAUCAAUUUGAAAGGCCCAGUUGAGUGAUCAAUUUGAAAGUACCAGUAAAAUGAUGAAUUUAAAAAGGUCGGGCUAAGUGAUCAAUUUGAAGUUUCAAAUUUAAGUCAUAUGUUGCAGUAGUCAGUUUAAACACUAUGUCAUUUUUUUUGUCUCCCAUCAGGUUGAGACCUAUCACACCCAUGGAACUCUUGGUGCCCAUUCAGUGUGUCACUCUAUCCAAUGGCAGCAGUCAUAUCCUUUCUGAGCUAUUCUGAGCUAAAGGAUGGGAAGCCUAUCAUUGUGGGCAACAAGGAGAAGUGAGAUUACCGGAGGCUGGUCUCAUGGCAGACAUCUUGGGGAAGUGAGAUUACCGGAGGCUGGUCUCAUUGCAGACAUCUUGGGGAAGUGAGAUUAGCGGAGGCUGGUCUCGUUGCAGACAUCUUGGGGAAGUGAGAUUUUUAGAGGCUGGUCUCAUGGCAGACAUCUUGGAAUAGAGGCUUAAUUUGUACGGUUGCACAGGGAAGUGAGCACUAAAACAAUUCUGUUGUAAAACAUGUGAUUUUCUAUCAUAAGUGAUUUAAAGAAGGAUUUACAAACUUUUAGUGUGCUGUGAGAGUAAGCUGUAGAUAAACCAAGAAGCUGGAAAUAUUUUGGUUCAACUUCUACUAUUAUUAUUAUUAUUUUUUAAUUAUGAUUUUGCUGCUAAAUCUGUACAUAGAUGAUUUCUUGUUGACUGUCCUAACGCCAUGGUAAAAAAAUGUGCCGUACAAACGCUGAGAUAAUAUGUUAUGGUGAAAAUACUGGUAUAACCACUGCAGUGCAUACAUUGUGGUACAAACACAGGGGAUGCAAACACCAUGAUAAAGACACUGGUAUAACCACUGCAGUACAUACAUUGUGGUAUAAACACAGGGUACAAGUACCAACAGCAUGGUAAAAACACUGUCAUAACCACUGAAGUACAUACAUUGUGGUACAAACACCUGGGUACAAACACUAAGAUACAAAUUAAAUACCAUGUUAAAAAAACACAGCAUUAUAAACACCACUUGAUGGAGUGUUGACACAAGUCAAGUAAGCUUUGUAAAAGCACAUUUUAAAGCUGCAAUUUGUGUAUGUGGUUUGAGCUUGCUGUUAAAAUUAUUUCCUUGGACAUUACACUGCAGCAUGAACUGUAUAUUAUGUAUUGUGCUGUUAGGACAACUCCUUUUGUUUGUAAACAUCAGUGUUUAGUUCCUGUUUGAAAGCCGGGGAAAUGAAUCCUGAAUGGCUAGUGCAGUAUCCUUACUCCAUCAGUGUGUGACAACUCAUCUUGUCCUGGAGCUCACCCCUCCCCCCACCCUUGCCCCUCCCCUUCCACCUCCUUAAAGUCUAUAUAGUCUUUUGACAGCAGGUUGGGAAUCCCUAACCUAGAAAUAACUUUAAAAGCUGUAAAGUUUUUGUAAAUGUUGCUGCUGAUGCUGUCUGUGGUCCAAUAUUUAUUAUUUCCUUUAAAAAAAAAACAUUAUUUCUUUUUUUGUGUGUGCCUAAUGAGUUGUUGCUAAAUAAAUAAAUGCUUUCAUAAUUUAUUUAUUUGUUGAAUGCUUGUUGACACAAAACUCUGUAUGAAUUUGUACUACAUGACCACAUCAAUUUGUGAUUUUAAAAAAAAUUUUGUUUGUUUUUUGCAUUGUGAAUGAACAAGUUUCCAGAUUGCAUUAUUUUAGAACUUGCUCUUUUCUGCACUUGUUAUUCUUAUCAUGUUGUAAUUUAUGUUAAAUAUAUGUCCCACAGAAAUUAUUUUACCCUUUGACCAAAAUAUUAUGCAGGAAAUAAUCGAUUUACUAAUCAAAGCGAGCGAUCUGGAAAUAAUAAUUAAUUAAAACAAUGAUUUUAGUCAGCAGGAGACAUGAUAUUUCACUUCAAAGAACUUCAUCCAUGAAUUUCCUUUUAUUUCGUUUCUUACAUUUGAAUUUGCAUAUUUAACAAAUUGUCCAAUUACAGUAUUUAUUAUAUCUUUUCCUGUAUUGUUUAUUCUAUCCCCUUUAACAUACUCAAGUGCACAAGUUUAGUUUAAUUAUUUAUAUUUAGUCCAGCUUUGCCAAUGGCUCUACUAAAAUGUUAAUUUAUAAUGAAAUGGUCUAACUCUGUUGUAUGAAGUGGUUUGUGAUGGCUUCAUUGUUUGUUGUUUUUUUUUAAAGAAAAACAAGAUUGAUCAAUAAAUAAUGUUAACAUAGAAAUUGUUCUCUAAAAUAUUAGAAAAUAACAAAAAACAGAAAU